GAUAGCGGUAAUGCGUUGUAAAACAGACGCUGCGUUACGAUACGAUAUCCCUGUGAAAUAUUUUUUCCUGCGGACAUAUAAUUGAAAUGUAAAAAAAAAACAUUCAUAAGUAGGUUUCAUUUCAUUUUGUUCAUCAUGUAAAUAAAAUUUUGAUACAAAGCGUUUUGUUAUUGCAAUACAAAUGCCUAAUAUAAAAACUAAUAUCAACGUCGAAACCAUUAUGUUCCAACAACGUGAAGUUGGUGCCUUAAAUAAAUGUCAAGCCGAUGUGACUGUAUUGCUAGCAGAAACUUGGAAGGUGCGUUUCAUAGAAUUCUCACACAUAAAAUGAAAAAUGGUGUCGAUAUAACUAACAACUUACAUAUUUUCCCGAAAAUUUGGUUAUUCGUUGUUGAAUCGUCAAAGUGAGUGGUCGUAUUGAGUUUCAUUCUCGGUAAAUUUAUUGAAAAGAAAUAAAAUUGAGACACCAGUGAUUUUUCCAUAAUAUUAUUGUGCUUAAAAUAUAGUCAAUUCACAUAAGUAGUGUCAGUGGAUUCGUUGACGACGACAAUUCCUACAUUUGCUUUGUAAAGAGUUCUGCAUUUGUAUCAGUUGGUUCUAAUUGCUGUUCAAAACUAAACAGUUCGAACAUAUACAAGACAUUCCUUUGUCGAUAAGUGUGUAAUUUGUAGUGAAAAUGUCCGAUUCGGAAGUGAGCAAUAUGUCGGAUAGCGGCUCAGAUGCUCGAAGCGAUGUUUCAAAUCGGAGCCGCAGCGGUACACCGAGGAGCAGAAGUCGUUCAUAUUCAAGAUCGAAAUCCCGCUCCAGAUCACGUUCAGGCUCACGGUCUUCAAACGAAGAAAUCGAAGAUGAAGAGGAGCCAGAAGGUGAAGAUUUGGACGAUUCGGAAGAAGACGAUGACAGACCCAAGAAAAAGAAGAAGAAGGAACGCUAUGGUGGAUUCAUUAUUGAUGAAGCAGAAGUUGAUGACGAGGUGGACGAAGAUGAAGAAUGGGAAGAUGGCGCCAAUGAAAUAGGCAUUGUCAAUGAAGUCGAUGAAAUUGGGCCAACAGCUCGCGAAAUCGAGAUCCGUCGCCGUGGAAAUUUAUGGGACACUCAAAAAGAAGACGAAAUUGAAGAAUACUUGCGAAAGCGUUACGCUGAUGAAUCAAUUGCCAGAAGACAUUUUGGAGAUGGAGGUGAGGAGAUGUCUAACGAAAUCACACAACAAACAUUGCUGCCAGCCAUUAAAGAUCCAAACUUAUGGAUGGUCAAAUGUCGAAUUGGUGAAGAAAAAGCGACUGUUUUGCUCUUGAUGCGUAAAUUUCUAACUUUUCGUAACACUGACGAACCGCUGCAAAUCAAAUCCGUUGUUGCACCAGAAGGUGUUAAGGGCUACAUUUAUGUAGAAGCAUACAAACAAACGCAUGUCAAAGCGGCCAUAAACAAUGUUGGAAAUCUCCGUCUUGGACAAUGGAAACAAGAAAUGGUACCGAUCAAAGAAAUGACCGAUGUAUUGAAAGUAGUCAAAGAACAGACUGGACUAAAGCCAAAACAAUGGGUUAGACUACGUCGGGGUCAAUAUAAAGAUGACAUUGCACAAGUCGAUUAUGUGGAUAUGGCACAAAAUCAAGUGCAUUUAAAACUUCUACCACGUAUCGAUUACACACGUUUGCGUGGUGCACUCCGAACAAAUCAACCUGAAGCUGAAAACAAUAAACGAAAACUGAAACGAAGACCACCAGCAAAACCGUUUGAUCCAGAAGCUAUUCGCGCAAUCGGUGGAGAGAUCACGUCGGACGGUGACUUUUUGAUUUUCGAAGGAAAUCGCUAUUCACGCAAAGGCUUCCUGUAUAAAAACUUUUUAAUGUCAGCCAUUCUAUCUGAAGGUGUAAAACCGACACUUGCCGAAUUGGAACGAUUUGAAGAACAGCCGGAGGAAAUAAACAUUGAACUGGCAGUCUCAAGUAAAGAAGACCCCACAUCAACUCACUCAUUUUCAAUGGGAGACAAUGUGGAAGUCUGUGUGGGCGACUUGGAAAACUUACAAGCCAAAAUUAUUGCAAUCGAUGGGCAUAUGAUUACGGUAAUGCCAAAGCAUGAGGAGCUUAAAGAUCCAUUGAUUUUCAAGGCGAACGAGUUGCGAAAAUACUUCAAAACUGGUGAUCAUGCAAAAGUACUUGCUGGUCGCUAUGAAGGUGAAACUGGUCUGAUUGUUCGAGUUGAGCCGUCACGUGUGGUCCUUGUCUCCGAUUUGACGAUGCACGAAUUAGAAGUGUUGCCACGAGACUUACAACUUUGUACAGAUAUGGCAACUGGUGUCGAUUCAUUGGGCCAGUUCCAAUGGGGAGACUUGGUGCAACUUGAUGCACAAACGGUGGGUGUUAUCGUUCGAUUGGAACGAGAAAAUUUCCACGUGUUAGGUAUGCAUGGUAAAGUUAUCGAGUGCAAACCGACUGCAUUGCAAAAACGCCGUGAAAAUCAAAAUACAGUUGCACUGGACUCGGAACAGAAUCAAAUACGUCGCAAGGAUAUCGUAAAAGUGUUGGAAGGGCCGCAUGCCGGUCGAGAUGGUGAAAUCAAGCAUUUAUAUCGUAGCUUGGCUUUUUUACACUCACGAAUGUACACCGAAAAUGGUGGAAUAUUUGUGUGCAAAACGAGACAUUUAAAAUUGGCUGGAGGUAAUAAGAACAAUACAAACUUGACCAAUCCAAUAGGAAUGAUCGGAUUUUCGCUAAUGUCGCCGAGAAUUCAGUCGCCAAUGCAUCCAGCUGGCGGCAAUCGAGGAGGAAGAGGUGGAAUGCGUGGCAGAGGCGCUGGCCGCGGUGGAAUCUCACGUGAUCGUGAAAUUAUUGGUAAAAGUAUCAAAAUCACAGGCGGAUGGUAUAAAGGUGCUGUUGGAAUUAUUAAAGAUGCAACCGCAGCUACUGCUCGUGUCGAGCUGCAUUCCUCAUGUCAGACCAUUUCGGUCGAUCGUAACCAUAUAGCAGUUGUUGGUGCACCAGCCAAAGAUGGCAGCAUCACGGUGUAUGGUCGUACACCAUCUCGUACGCCCUAUGGAUCACAAACCCCCAUAUAUAUGGGCUCAAAGACACCAUUGCAUGGAAGUGCUACUCCACAAUACGAUGGCAGCCGUACUCCAUUGCAUGGCAGUAUGACUCCAUCCCACGAUGGCUCAAUGACGCCAAGAACCGGAGCAUGGGAUCCAACAGUUACAAAUACACCAGCCCGAAGCGCAGACUACGAUUAUUUGGAAGAUCCAUCACCAAGUCCAGGUUACAAUCCAAACACACCGGGCUAUUCAAUGAAUACACCGUUCGCACCGCAUACACCGGGCAAUAUGUACGGAUCAGAUCAGGGAUACAGUCCAUAUCAACAGAGUCCAAGUCCAAGCACAUCAUCCUAUCAAAUCGGUCAUUUGGAAACACCGUCACCAACUGCUUAUUCGCCGAACACACCAAGCGUACCGCCAUACUCGCCAUACAAUAAUCCACAAACACCGGGCGCCGGUUUGGAUCAGCAGAUGGGCGAUUGGUGUACGACUGAAUGUCAAGUCAAGAUUCGUAGCCAUUCAGACCCUGCAUUGAUUGGACAAACGGCUACGAUUAAGACGGUCAACAAUAUGAUUUGCUCGGUAUAUUUGCCAGCUGAAGAACGAACAGUUGCCGUCGAAAGUGAUCAACUUGAACCAAUACCACCAUCAGUGAACGAUCAUUUCAAAGUUAUUAUGGGCGAGGAUCGCGAGUCGAUUGGUGUCGUUCUCACUAUUGACAACAACAAAGCCAUUUGCAACAUCAAUGAUGAAACCACUUAUAAAUCACUAUCCGAACUUUGCUUGAUUUAAACCAUCAAUUGUCUCUUGUCAGUAGCGUGAAGGAUUAAAUGAAAAUACCAAUUAAGCUUUGUAAGUCUUGGAAUGAAGUAAUGGAAAACGAAAACAAAAGUAAAGGCCUUGCAGAGAUUACGAUAGCAGAAAAUAGGCUUAAAAUAUAAAAAAAGUAAAAAAUAAUAUUAAUCACCAUUGGAUUGUAAUUAAAAAUGAGUAUAACGGGAUGAAUAAAAUGACAUUAAAUGAAA